CAGAGAGCCGGCGGCGGCCCCCGACGUGCCGAGGGACGACCUCCACUCACACGCUGCUUCACCUGAGCUGGAUGGCACAGAAGCGGAUCGGCGGGCCGACGUGCCGGGACGGGAAGGCGAGAUAGGAAGUGGUGGCCGGCGCGCCAGCCUGAAGCUGCGGGGAACUUUUGGAAGGUGAAGGCGAGCGCCUGCCUGGGGGAAGACCAGACCAAUCACUGAGAGCCGCCAACCCGAGGGGGGACGGGACGCGAACCCCUCCAUCAAGACUUGAUCUAUUUCCCCAAACAAUUUAGCGUAUUCAUGAGGUUACGCAAAUGUGGAGGCAGCGAAAUUACCGUAAUCAAUUGAAGCUGCGAGUGCACAUCCAUGGCUCUGAUUAUUUGGAGAUCAGCUAUCAGCCUGAUGCCUGCGUAGCGAGGACAGGGGGGCAUCGAAUUACUGUCGACUUCCACUGACAAGUCCAUGAUCAUUGGGCAGAGGGAGAGUGGCGGCUGAUAAUAGGGCUCCUGGGUCAGCGGCGGAAGUCUUCCUCCAGACAUUAGGUAGCUGACUAAAGGUGGCGUUUUGAAACUCAAACCCUCUCUGUCCGCACGAGCGCCGCUCCGCUCCUCCGUCCUCCCUGUUGUCUCCCGCUUUUUUUUCUUCCAAAGCUGACAAAGGAAAAGAGGAGGCGGACGGACGGGAGGAGAAAGUGAGCAUGGAGGUCAGGUACAGCCAGGACUCGGACGGGAUGGUGCUGAAGAACGGGCUGAAGGAGGGGAAAGACGGCAAGGAGUCUCAGGGAAGCUUGGCCAAGAGCUUCCUCAAGGAGCAGCAGGGAUCCUUCUCGCCGACCGGGACUUUGGACAACUGCGAGAAGAGCAGGGGGAGCGCAGGGGACCCCGACUACUGCCGCAGGAUCCUGGUGCGGGACGCCAAAGGCUCUAUCCGAGAAAUCAUUCUGCCAAAAGGGCUGGACCUGGACCGGCCCAAACGGACCCGCACGUCCUUCACAGCAGAGCAGCUCUACCGACUGGAGAUGGAGUUCCAGAGGUGCCAGUAUGUUGUCGGACGGGAGAGAACAGAACUGGCACGGCAGCUCAAUCUGUCUGAAACUCAGGUAAAAGUUUGGUUCCAGAACCGCCGCACGAAGCAGAAGAAGGACCAGGGCAAGGACUCGGAGUUGCGCUCGGUGGUGUCGGAAACAGCGGCCACGUGCAGCGUCCUGAGACUGCUGGAGCAGGGUCGGCUCCUGACGCCAUCCGGCCUGCCGGGGAUGCUGCCUCACUGUGGUGCCGGCACCAUCGGCUCCGCCUUGCGCGCCCCGUCCAUCGCCUUGGCCGGCGGCGGAGGGGGUGGCGGCGGCAGCUGCAGCGCCGGGACAACGACCGUCAGUCCCCCGCUGCCGGUGGUCACCAGCUCGGGAACGGUGCCCAGUCUGCAGAGCUCGCCGGCGGCUCACAGCCUCUUCAGCUUCCCCGUCCCUUCCUUACUCAGCAGCCGUAUUUCUGCCAACCCUCUCUCCAUGGCCAGCUCGCUGGCGGGAAACUUACAGGAACUGUCAGCCCGCUACCUGAGCUCCUCAGCCUUCGAGCCUUACUCGCGGACCAAUGGCAAAGAAUGCAUGGACAAGAAACUUCUGGAAUGACGCUUUGUUCCACCUCAGUGUCCUCUGGAGACUUUCAGCUGGUUUUCUUUCUGUGUCUUUGUUUGGCUCGGGUCUUUCAUCCAUCCGUCUCUGUGUCAUGUCCUGUAAUGUAGUUGCACAUCUGCGUCUUGUACAAAGAAGGAAGGUGGAGGACCAACGUGGUCCGACAGAGACAGUCCGGGGGGAAGAGUUUGCACAGAAGUUACCGAGUUCAAGAAACUUUGAAGAGAUGUCUAACAAAAGCCUUUUCAGAUGAGAUCUCAGAACCUGUCACGUGAUUAUCUAAGUGUGUUAGCCAGUGUUAGGUGCAUGUCGCGGCUGUAGUUGUAGAGAGAGUGUGUGUAGCAGUGUGAGAGAGCCUGCAGACAGUGGUUUUCUGGAAUCAAGAUGUAGCUCUGCCAGAGUCCGGGUCUGUCAGAUCGGCCGCCGCGCGGGAAGGUAACGCUGAAAACUUCGAACUCCUCACCAUAUCCUCCUCAUUUCCCGCCGGAGUUCCCUUGAGCUCUGAGGAUCGGGUGGACAGGCGAGAGCUGAGACCACGAAUUCCACCAGUGACCGAACACGCAGGACGAGUGAAUCGUUGUUGUGAAGAUUUUCCCGGAAAUGAGAAGCUGUACCUUUUUAAAUUGUUAUUUUAUUGUAAAUUAUUGACUUAUGUAAUUAAUAGAUGAUCGGUUUAUCUGGAGAAACAACGAAUGGGUGGAUGUCGAUCAGAUGCUCA